UUGUGGGCUUAGCUUUCGUUACUUUUACAAUUUUCUUAAUAACUAUUCGAUCUGUGCAUUAGCGGUGGAGGCUCAGGCAUUGCCGAUAGUGACCGAUGAACUAAAGAAAUUAUAAAAUGCAGAAAAUCAUCCCCCGAUUAUUCAUAAGUCCAUCAUCCUAUUCUUGUCUUGAUUGAGACGACAGGGAACAGUCUUAUUUAAUUUUUAUCUUUUGCCAAAUUCCACUUGGCGCAAUAUAUUAUCAAGUUUUCAGCUACCAAGGAAUUUACUGAUGUUUUACUUAAGGCCUUAACCAAGAUUAAGUUACCGAGCUCAUUUGUGCUUAAAUUGAUUGCUCUUCCUUCCCCUUUCUUCAUCCUUGUUUACACUCAAAUCUCUUAGCCUUCUUUAUCUCUCGUCGUUCUUGCUCUUUCCCUCUUUCUUCACCUCGGCACAGCCAUUCUUCUUCCUCCUCUUCUUCUUCAGUAUCUGCUUCUCCUUUUCAUCAUACUCUCUCUCUCUCUCUCUCUCUCUCGCUAGCUCUUUGUUUCUCCAACCAAAAAAAAAAAAAAGAAAUGUCAAUUGAUUCUGUCAUUUCUAUUGCAUGGGAUGCCUUCAAGUGUGUAGUUGUUCCCAUCAAGCGUCAAUUCGGAUACGUUACCUCCUCCAAGAGCUACGCCCAGGAUCUUCAGAAAGAAGUCGGGAAGCUGGCAUACGAGGCUGAGAUGGUCCAAAAUGCCGUGGAAGUGGCCAGAAACAAUAGUCGGAAUGUCUACAGUUAUGUCACGCAGUGGCAGGCAAAUGCUGAGAAGGCCUUGAAUGAGGCGCGAGACUUGCUGGACGACUUCGAAAAGGCAACCAAGACUUGCUGCUAUGGGAAUCUUCCCGAACCCAGUUGUCGCUAUCAGUUCAGCAGGAUGGCCAAGGACAAGAUCGAGGGCAUUCAACGACUCACUCAAGAAUAUAGUCAAUUCAAGGAUAUCUCCUCCAGCGGUCCUGCUCCAGGGAAUGUUGCUGCUUUGACUCCAGCCAGGAGAGAGGACAAAGAUGUCGUCCAGUCGGCCACCACGACAGCCUCUGCUUCUUUUGCCUCGAUGUCGAUUAAGCUUAACGACGACCACACCGUCAAUUCCAGAGAAUUGAUCAUGCAAGAGAUCAUGGCCGCUCUUGUCGAUAACAACAAUAGCGUCGUCGGGAUUUAUGGGAUGGGUGGAGUCGGCAAGUCUACCCUAUUGGACAAUGCCGAGAGGAGAAUAAGGAAAGAGAAGUGGUUUGAUUGGGUCGCUAAGGCUGAUGUGUCAGAAAAUCAAGACAUAAAGAGGAUUCAAGGAGAGAUUGCGCAUGCGUUGGACCUGGACAUAAAGGAUGUCGAGUAUGUCAAUACUCGAGCGGAGCGUCUGCGCACGAGGUUGGAAGAUGAGAUGAGGGCGAAAAAGAAGGUACUCAUAAUACUGGACAACCUAUGGAAAGGGCUUGACUUGAAAUCAGUCGGCAUUCCUUGCGGACAUGACAACAAAGUCAUAGGAUGCAAGUUGUUGCUGACGUCAAGAUCUCAAGAUGUUUUGAAAAGGGAAAUGGGCUGCGACAGGGACUUCCUCCUUGACAAGCUGGAGGAGGAAGAGGCAAAAAGAUUGUUUGAGAGGACGGUGGGAGACAAAGUUCGUGUCGACCCGUUCAAAUCCUUGGUGGAUGAAGCACUCCGCAAGUGUGCAGGUUUGCCUUUUCUAAUUAUCACAAUGGCGAAACAUUUCAAAUACGCUGAUUUUCCUCAAUGGAAGGAUGCUUUGAAACAAAUCGAGAUGUCUACAAAUAAAGGAAUCAGUGAGAGGAUAAAUGAGAUGUUGCAGUUGAGUUAUAAUCAUUUCGAAGGGGAGGAUGGCAAGGAGGCGAAAUCAUUGUUACGACUCUGUGUUGUUUAUGAUGUCUCUAAACCUUCUCUUGAAUAUUUGGUGAGGUACGGUGUGGGUUUGAAGUUAUUUGGAGAAAAUAGUAGCUUUAAAGAAGCUAGAAAUAGGUUGAGCUCACUAAUCCAAACUCUGCAAGCAUCCUCCCUUUUGUUAGACGAUGAAGAUGCUUAUGGUUUCAAGAUACAUGACUUGGUUCGUGGAUUUGUUACAUCAAUCGCUUCAAGAGAUGACCUUCUUCUCGUGUUGAAAGAUAAUGAUAAGUCAUUGACAGAGCUGCCAAAGGACAAGCUCAAAAAUUGCACAGCGGUACGCUUUCCCUACGUUGACAUGAAGGAGCUUCUUGAAGAGUUAGAUUGUCCCGAAAUGCAAAUCUUUUUGUUGUUCACAAACAAUGAAUCUCUUAAGAUCCCAAAUUCAUAUUUCAACUCCAUGAGAAAACUCAGGGUCCUACAUCUUUCUCAGGUACGUCUCACUCAUUCACCUUCACCAUUUAAGUUCUUGAAGGACUUACACACUUUGUGUCUUGAUGGCUGCUUGUUAGAGGAUGUAGCCAUAAUUGGUGAGCUGAAAGGACUGCAUAUUCUUAGCUUUGUGAAAUCCAAAAUUCAACAAUUGCCAAGAGAAAUUGGACAAUUGGCAGAGUUGAGGUUGUUAGACUUGAACCAUUGCUCACAACUUAAGAUAAUUGAACCGGGUGUGCUUGGAAGCUUGAUGAAAUUGGAGGAGUUGUAUAUGGAGAAUAGCUUCGAUCGAUGGAAUGCCGUGGAGCAAGCUCCACCAACUAAUGCUAGGCUUAUUGAGUUGAAUAAUUUGAAGCAUCUCUGCACUUUGCAUGUGUCCAUUCUCGAUCCGAGUGUGCUCCCAAAGGAUCUAAAUGUCAACAAAUUAACCAAGUACAAAAUCCAGAUAGGUGAUGUGCAGGGUUGGCCAAUUCACAAAGGAUUGAGCACAUUGCAGCUUCAGUUGGAUCCAAGAAGUGAUAUUCUUCAGAAAGGAUGCAUACAAACUUUAUUAGGCAAAAUAGAUGAAUUAUUUUUAGAAGGAUCAGACAGAAUUGAGCAAAGUAUUUGCAUCUUAUCCCAAGAAGGCUUUCAAAAAUUAAAGCAUCUACAUGUGAAGAAUAGUCCCUCCAUUCAUUACAUCCUCCAAUCACCAUCCCAUGCAAAUUUUAAGACGUUGGAGUCAUUACUUAUCAACAAUCUCAUUAACUUGGAGAAGAUAUGCAACAACCAUAUCUCCUCUGAGUCUUUUAGUGCAUUAAAAGUAGUACGAGUUGAAAGUUACAGCAAGAUGGAAGUUUUGUUUCCUCUUUCAUUAUUGAGAGAACUUCCACGGCUUGAAGAGAUCCGAGCUAUCAAGUGCCCCUUAAUGCGGGAGAUUGUAGAAGUUGAUGAUUGUGGCAAAGUUGAGUUGCAUAAUUUGCAUGUAUUGGAAUUGCGUGACUUGCCAAAUGUCAAGAACUUUUUCAUUGCCAGGACAGCUCCUUCAAGUAGUACAUCAAAAGACCAAGUUGGCACUCAACUUGCAUUUUUCAAUGGACAACAGGUUUUAAUCCCAUCCUUGGAGUCCUUGACAAUGGCUGGACUUCCCAAUCUAGAAGAUUUAUGGACCGAUGAAUCUCCAUUGGAGCUGAGCAAUCUCCAAUUUCUUAAGGUGUCUUCAUGUAAAUCUCUCUCAAAAGUUAUCAACUCCAGGUCACUAAUAAAACUACACAAGUUACACACUUUAGAGGUAGAAGAUUGCAUUUCAAUGCAAGAAAUUUUUGACCUUGACGGACUAGGUGCCGGUGCAAAUAUUGAGACUCUCUCUGAGCUAAACACCAUCCGUAUAAAUCAAUUACCAAGCUUGAGGUGCAUAUGGAACAAGAACCCUUGUGGAAUUGUGAGAUUCCAUAAUUUGAAGAAAUUACAGGUGUGGAACUGUAACAACCUCCGAUUUCUAUUUUCCCCAUCCAUGGUUCAGUCUCUUGCACAAUUGAGAGAAUUGCGUGUAUGGUAUUGCAAGAACAUGGAGGCGAUCAUUAUGGAGGAAGAAGAGUUGAGAAUUGAAACAUCAAAAACUCUAGUUUUCCCAAUGUUAACCAUGUUAAAUUUGACAGCAUUGGAAAGCUUGACAUGCUUCUCUCAUAGAAAGUGUACACCAAAAGCUCCGGAUGAGGAUCGCGUCAAAUCAUGUCCUGUUGUACUCUUCAAUCAAGAGAACCUUGCCUUUAUAUUUCCAGCCUUAGUAGCACUAUAUCUAACCCAACUUGAGGAGUUGGAGAUCAAUGAAUGUGGCAUUGUGGAACUCAUUGAGAAGGAAGAAGGACUAGUUUCCAGGUUUGUGUUCCCAAUGUUAACCUCCCUCAAGCUUGAGCAUCUAACAAAGUUGAAGUGCAUCUAUGCCGGAAAACAUGCUUCACAUUGGCCAGCAUUGAAGACCUUGGAGGUGCGUGGCUGUGACAAAGUGGAGAUACUUGCAUCGCACCUUGAGAAUGAGAUGCCACUUCUAAAACAGCCUCUCUUCACAGUAGAAAAGGGUAUAAUUGCUGGAGUAGAGUUUAUGCGGCUGUCUGAGUUCUCAAAGCUGAUUGAAAAAUGGCACAACGAACUUAUUCACAUCAAUUCAUAUUGGCACUUAAAAGUUCUUGUGGUGCAUAAAUGUCCAUCAUUUGUUAAUGCUAUUCCAUCCAAAUUGAUGCUUGUUUUAGACAAAAUGAAAGCAUUGCAAGUGUGCGAUUGUGAGUCACUAGAAGAAAUAUUCAGUCUUGAAGGAAUGGAGGCCAUGAAAAGCACUCGGGUGCUGCCUCAGUUAGAAGAAUUGGACUUGGUCAAUUUACCAAAGUUGAGGCAACUCUGGAACGAAAAUCUUCAAGGAGGGCGCUUCAAUUCUUUAACAUACCUUGGCCUUUAUAAUUGCAGCAACUUAAGACAUGCUUUUGCUCCAUCGAUGGCUCAGUGCCUUGCCAAUCUUGAACAAAUAGAAAUAAAGGAGUGUGGAUAG